CAUAUGGAGAGAUUGGGGGCGUGUUAAGUGAGGGAGGAUUAGCGCCUGCGUGCGCCUCCAACAACAGUAUCCGCGCGCACCUGUCCCCCGCUCACCGUCGCUGCACGAGAGACACACACAUCGCAUCAUGCGUCUUACCGCGCGACAUAUGGUUCGGGUUCGAGGGUGAAGACUGAGGUAUACGAUUCUGCUAAGGAGAUGAAGAGGCAGCCCGCUGGUCUUCCUCAGCACAAUGAUGGAUGGAGAGAGAGCAGAGCUGGGGUGUGAACUGCACCUACAUGAAGGCCUGAUACACAGGGCGAGAAGCAGGUAAAUGGAGGAGGCGGGCCGCAGCCGCUCCCCCUCGCGGCGGACCAGCCGCGUGGAGCAGGUGGUCGGGCGAUGGCUGAGGCGCUCCCGGGACCUGGGCAGCCGAUCCCACUCGCUCAGCAGAGACAGGGUGCCGGUGGACGGGAGGAGCGGGGAGCAGGUGGGCGACCAGAGGAGCUACUCCUUCCGCUUCACGGUUCAGAUCCAGAGGAGCUCGGAGCUCAACUCGCACGGCCUGAGCCUGACCUCCCAGACGCCCAUCCUGGUGCAGGAGGUCACAGCAGGAGGCCCUGCCGCUGGUCGUCUGGUUCCUGGCGACCAGCUGGUGAAGAUCAAUAACGUGGCGGCGGAGGACCUGACUCCAGAGCAGGCUGCGGAGAUAAUCAGGGAGUGUCAGGAUAUUGUGACCAUGACAGUUCUCAGGACCAUGGUGGGCCCGAAGUCAUCCUUCAUCACGCCGGAGAAGAGAGCCAAGCUCCGGUCCAAUCCCGUCAAGGUCCACUUCGCUGAGGAGGUAGAAGUCAACGGUAACUCCCAGGGCAACACGCUGCUCUUCCUCCCCAAUGUCCUCAAGGUGUACCUGGAGAACGGGCAGACCAAAGCCUUCAAGUUCGAACCCAACACCACGGUCAAGGACAUUGUGAUGACGCUGAAGGAGAAGCUGUCCCUGUGUCGCAUCGAGCCCUUCUGCCUGGUGCUGGAGCAGCAGCACAGCGUCACCAAGCUGCUGCUGCUGCACGAGGAGGAGAGGAUCCAGCAGGUGGUGCAGAAGAAGGAGUCCCAUGACUACAGGUGUCUAUUCCGUGUCUGCUACAUGCCCAAAGACCCCCGAGACCUGCUGCUUGAGGACCCCACUGCCUUUGAGUACCUCUACUUCCAGGGGGUGAACGACGUGCUCCAGGAGCGCUUCGCGGUGGAGAUGCGCUGCAACACGGCGCUGCGUCUGGCCGCGCUGCACAUCCAGGAGAGGCUGGCCAGCUGCGGCCAGUCCCCCAAGACCACCCUGAAGACCAUCACGAAGACCUGGGGCAUUGAGAACUUUGUGUCGUCCACCCUGCUGAGGAACAUGAGGGAGAAGGACCUGAGGAAGGCGGUCGGCUACCACAUGAAGAAGAGCCAAUCACAGCAGGACCCUAAGCAGAAGGGGCUGUCCUUCAACCAGGCCCGCAUCAACUACCUGGAGGAGCUCAGCGAGCUCAAGAGCUUCAUGGGGAAGUCCUUCAGCGCCACCAUGUUGCUCCAGGACCGGGAGUCCACGGUGAGCCUGCUGGUGGGGGCGCGCUACGGGGUGAGCCAGGUGGUGAACCACAAGCUCAGCAUCAUGACCACGCUCACCGAGUUCAGCAGCAUCAGCCGCAUCGAGCUGCUGCCAGAGUCCGAGCGCAUCAGCCUGGUCAAGAUCUACCUGCAGGACAUCAAGCCCAUCACGCUGUUACUGGAGUCCGUGGCAGCCAAGGACAUGUCCUGUCUCAUCGCCGGCUACUGCAAGGUGUUCGCCAACCCCGACAUCCAAGUCUUCCCCUGGCCGGAGAAACCCAAGAAGCACCGAGUGUCAGCGGAGGAAGGCUACGUGUCCCGGCGAGCGAGCGACUCGGACUCCUCCUCGGACAUGGACGCCGACCCCUUGAUCCACCUGGUCUCCCACGACAACAAGCCCCGCCCCCGCAUCCGGUCCUCCUCGGACCCCGAGCGGCCCAAGAGGAAGGAGCGGGAGCGGCCGCGGCCCCCGGGGGCCAAGGCCAAGGCGGAGAAACCCUGGAGGAGCCGGAGGGAGAAACAGGACGCCGAGAAGCUCCGGUCAUGUGACCCCACGUCAUGUGACCUCCGGGCGGAGAACCAGGAGGUGGAGGAGGAACCGACAGCCGACGACGGGGAGUCGAAGGGGGCGGGGACGGAGGCGGGGCCAGUACAGAUCGCGAUAACGAAGGCCGACGCGGAGGAGGGGGGGGACGGGGCGGCGAGGGUCCGGGACCGGGGGCCGGAGCAGGAGGGGAAGGAGGCGGCGGCGGGCGGGGACGACUUCUGGGGCGCGGACGAGACCUUCUCGGAGGCGUCCGACUCGUGCCGGACGGACUCCCGCUUCCUCACCAGCCCGUCCAGCGACUCCCUGGACGCGUUGGAGGAGGACGACCUCGUUUCCUGUUCCUCCUCCUCCUUCGUCCGGCCGCCCUCCGGCCUGCUCCACCUCCAGGGCACCUCCUUCUCCCCGCGGCCGUCGCAGAGGCUCCGCCCCUACAAACACACGCUGCCCCACCCCCACCUCCUGGCCCCGCCCCCGGCUCACUCCCACUCCCUCGUCAGCCUCGCCCCCGGCCCCCCCGGCCGAGACGAGGAGACGGCGACGGGGGGGGGCAGGAGGUCCGGCGACGGCGCCGACCCCAACCUCUCCUCGCCCUCCUCCUCCCCGCCCGGCGACGGUUGCCCGGGCGGCACGGAGCCGCAGCCUCUGAUCAUCAUCAACCCCUGUCGCCAGGACAACCUGAUGAGCUUCGCCGAGCUGUCCCGCCACGCCGACGACCUGCCCAGCCCCCCCGAGGCCAGCGAGGAGGACGAGGAGGACGAAGAGGAGGAGCUGGAGCGGCGCCGGAGGAGGUUCCUGGAGCUGAGCGAGCCGCUGAUGCGCGCCUCCGAGGGGGGCGGCGCCGGAGGAGGGGAGGAGGGAGGGGAGGAGGUGGGCGUGGCCCCGACCCGGACGCCGUCCCCGGCGCCCGUCUCCACGGCGUCGGGCGUGGACUACGUGUUCAACUUCAACCAGAGCGACGCGCGCUGCUACUACAAGCUGUGCUCCAGCGUGACGCCCGACAGCGCGCUCAGCCCGCCGCGCCCCGGCCCCGGCCCCGGGUCGGACGGGGAGCGGGACGCCAAGAAGGGGGGGAGCGGCGGGGAGGGGGGGCCGGAGGAGACGGAGCCGGUGCACAUCCUCCAGCCGCCACCCGGGUUCGGAGACAGCAGCUCGGAGGAGGAGUUCUUCGACGCCUGGGACCGCUUCUCCUCGCCGGAGGAGCCCAGCGCGGGAGGCGUUCUCGGAGCAGAGAUGAAACCAAACUUGGUCCGCACUCUGAGCCUUAGUGACAUCAGAGCGAUAGUAGACGAGAUAGAAGGAGGACAGAGACGGGCCGGGAUGGGGAUGGUAGCGGAAGACGGAGGUGGAGUAGAAACCUUGGUUCAGCUUAGGAGGCGGUCGCGGAAGCGCAGGUCCUUCAUGGAGACCACCUUCACCUCCAGGGUCACCUUCCCAGAACCAGACGCAGACUCAAACCCCAACCUUGACUCAAACAGGACUCAAAGAGGCCUCCCUUCACAGGACGGCGACACUCCACGUCUUAGCGGGGAUCCGGAGGCUCCCGAACAAACCCAGAACAUCUGUCCUACCGUCGCGUCCAUGACCCACGCCGAAGGAGAACCGGCACUCCUCGAAUCCAAGCCCAUCCCUUCCAAGUCCCGUGCCCACGGACCCGGCUCCCCCAGGGGCUCCGGUUCUCCGGAUUCGGACAGAGAGCUCCUCACGGCCUCCAGGAGGAAGAAGCAGGAGAUGGAGAUGGAGCCCGACGCCAUGGAGUCCAAAUCAGUGACGGACCUCGUGAAGACGUCUCCUCCCUCCAUCACGGUGGUCCGUUGCCGGGUGGAGCCGGACGGGAAGGAGAGUGCCGACCGAAUCGGGGACGGGAAGGAGGAAGGGGAGGAGGAGGAGGAGGAGGGCAAGGUUGAGGAGGAGGCAGAAAGGAAAGUCGAGAGAGAGGAAGAUGGAGAAGAAGAAGAACUCAUGAAAACGCCGCAAAAUGGACCAGUGUUCAUCCAUUAUCGCCAGUUGUCCGAGAUCAUCGAGGAGUCGUGUAAGUGUGAGGAAGUAGGAGACGAGUGGUACGAGAAGGAGUGGGGAAUAGUGAGGGAGUCGGUCAGUGGUGCCGAGACCCUGAAAGAAGAGGACUCGAGUCAAUCAGACAACGUUUUUGCCGAUGAUUUUCUCACACAGUUGCCACCUCCUCCAAGCUUUGCACAACCCCUUCCACCAAAUUGCUUCACGCCACCACUACCGGUUGUUGAUAAUCCCUCCCAGAAUCCCCAGCUCUCAUCUUCACAACAAGUGGGCUUGAAUGAUACGCAAGUGUACGUUUCAGAAUUACCCAAACUCAAAUUCCUUAACAGAGAACAAUAUGUUAUGGUCAAUACCGUGACUAAAAACGAUGGAACAAGCAGUAUUUCGAACUCUGACACAACUAGCGAUGAUGUCGUUGACGUAGUCGAAUCUGACAACGUGUUUGUUGUUGAGGAUGAGGAAGAUGACGAUGAUAAUGACGAUGGUGAGGAGGAUGAUGUUGAGGAGGAUGACGAUGACAAUAGUGUCCCUUUGAGUUUGUGUUAUACUCGUGAGAAUUCUCAAAACAAUCACAAUGUUGAUCAUGACGCUGCUACGAAAGCUGCAGUAGCCUCUAGUCUUCCGUCACCAGACUCCCAAACCAAAGGCCACUCCAGUUCAAACCCUCUCACACCGAUUACCUCCUCUGAAUACGAAAACACGAUCAAUUCUAUCACGGCUAAGCUCGGGGUUGCAACGGCUGCGUUGUCCCCUCUGUUAACCACUGGUGGAACGAUUCAUCAUGAGACUACAAGAGACAAGGCCUCCGGCUCGAAUCAUGACACAGAUACAGUCAGGAUUGGUUCCACCAUGCCAGACGCAGAGUCUGCCUCCAAGGUUAGCUUAGGUAUGGCCAGUGAAGCUGCGAUUAAGCACAGCUUUGAUGCCCCUUGUGACGGUUUAGCGCAAGCUAACACGACAACAGUCCACCAUCUAUCCAAAGAGCCCCCAUCUCCCACCCAUUUCCUCUUCCAGACGUGCUCUCCCAGUAUCAUGGGCCGCCUGUCCGCCUCCACGCUUAGGGAGAAGAUUCAGAUGCUGCCCCUUUACCUAUCUCGCUCCCAGGAGACCUUACCCCACACUGGGUCGGACAGUGCAUCCCCAAGCCCCUGUAAGGUGGUCUCUAACAACAGCCAGGACAGGAGCGAGGUCGCCAUACAAAUUACGGAUGUCGAUAACGUCACACAAGCAAUGGACUUUGGGACAUCACCUAGGAGGGGAUCCAUCGAAUCCGACGACUCCGACGUUACCCUGACUGGGUCCGAGGUGGAGACAGAGGUAGACGGGGAGCUAGGAUCUCCCUUGGUUCCUGGGACGACCUGUCCCACGGCCUCCAACGAGAGGGAAACGGCGGAGAGCGUCGCGGUGUCCGACGCAAACUCUGCCAGCCCUGUUCAAAGCGAGCCAAGAACCACGCGCCACGUGUCAUGUGAGCCUUGCAGCGAUACACCGGGUCCCAUCGUCAAGCCUCCCACCUCCCUGGCCGUUCCCUCUGACACAGAGGCACGUACGCCCGGCCCCGUGAAAGAGGCUCCAGAAUCCUCAAUGAAAAGUGCAUCAAACAUUCCAGGUUUCAUAAUGAACAGUCAACAGUCAUCUGCCACACCGCAUCCAAUGGUGGUCACGACCCAGACGCACAACGGGCCCGGCCUCUCUUUCUACAGCCCCACAGAGAAAGUAAGGACCAGUACCGACCGGCCUCUGACGGGCCUCUGCCGCCCUGCAGCAGAGGCAACCGGCGCACCCAAAUCCCAUUCCUCAGGUUGUGAGAUGUUUACUACGUGUUCCGCCCAAUCCCAGACAAAGGCGUCAGUGUCCGUCCCCGCCACGAAACCCGAUUACAGCUGCAGCUCAGUGCUCUCCUCGGGCUGCGAGUCGGCCGUGGAGGGGCUGCAGACGCCACUGGAGGCGUGCGGCUGCACGGCGGUCUACACCAACUGCUUCAGCAGCGGCGACAACUUCGACGACGAGCUCACCGUCUACGAGUUCUCCUGCCGCUCGCAGGGCAGCAGCAGGGCGGGGUCUACCUCCGAGGUGGGGCUUCCUCUCAUCACCGCCACCGGGCCCGUCUCCUCUUUUCUAUCCAAGUCCCCUCCGUCCUUCUCGGCGUCCACGCUCUCUCCGUCCUUCCCGCGCUCCUCCAUCGUCUUCUCCUCGGCCACGUCGGAGCUCAGCCCGCUCCUCUCGCCUCUGUCCGACUCCCAGGACAGCGUCUCGUCCCAAUCGCACAAGGAGACCAUCAGCUCCAUCCGCCAGCACUGUUACCCAGCCAACCCCGCGGGCUUCCAGCCGCUACGGAGCGACGUGGACCAGCUCAUCGCCAUCCUUGAAGGCGGCGGCGGUCAGGGCGGUCAAGGCGGUCACGGGGGGCGCCACGCCCGGGAGACCUGCCCGGCGCACUUCACGGAGAACAAGCACGUGCUGCACACGGAGGCGCGCCGACUGAUGACGGGCUGCCAGAAAGCUGCAGCCCUGGGGCAGAACCCCGAGGAGACACUGGUCGCCCUGGCCGACAGCUUCAGGCACCUGGUGGAGCUGGCGGGCGCCUGCCUCUGGUUCUCGGGCUGCGACCGGUGCGACCGGAGGAACGGCGAGGCGGUGGCGGGGCUGGCCGACGUGGCGAGGUCCUUCCGGGACUUCUGUCUGGCGGCGGAACGCGCCUGCAGCAAGAGGAGCUGCCAGGAUCUAAGUGCCAAGCUUCUGGCGAAACAAUGCACGGCACUCACUGCCUCGGUCUUCUGCCUCACCCAGCUGUUCCGCACACUGACGGCGCUUUGAGGCGGCUGGAGAGGCUCAACUGUCAUCCUCAGUCGAUAAAAAAGCUCUGCCCGCUGCCUCGCUCGUUCACAGGGCAGCCAGUGAGCUGCUUCUGUUGAGGGGGCAGAGUAGGACCGGCCGACCAGGGACCGGAGGGGACACUGAUAUGAAAUAACCUCAACUUACUCCCUUGUAAGAACUCCCGUGGGCCGGUUUAUUAAGUUGAUUGUGAUCAACACACGGACCUCGUAGGCCCCCUUAGUGAGGUUCACGUUGACUCGGGGCAGGACCAAUGAGAUGCAUGUGGAUACCCUUGUGUAUGCUGUGUGCACCUUCCGUAGCACAAAGUUACAACUACCAUAUCAGCCGAUCACUGGACCGUGGACUGAAAGGACAUUGUCACAAGCAGCGAGAGGGCCACCUCGUGAAGAGUUAACGCAAACCUCUCUGCGGGUCAAUGUGGAGGGUGUGAUGUACUUGAAUGUAUUCUGUGUUCUGAUUCCGGUUGUAUGUAUUUACAUAUUGUUUCUGAGAUAUUAUAGGCUUGAUCUUUAUAAAGACACAGCAUUGUGCGCAUAUGCAAGAGAGGAAUGUAGUGGAUGGUAAAUGAAUGGUAUUGUUUACAAGCACAGUAUUAGACUGAAGAGGUAUGGAAUUAGAGAGGCCUUUACACACCCAGACACACACACACACACACACACACACACACACACACACACACACACACACACACACACACACACACACACACACACACACACACACACACACACACAAACAUACAUGCACACUCCCACAAAGUCUGCCUUGGAUAAAUCAUGAUUCACAGUGAUGAUGUCUAUGUUUUCUGGUUUCGAUUUGGAUUUCAAACGAUCUACUGUUGUCUUCAUCUUUCACAUACAAACAAUCAUAAAUGAUUUAUCCCCAUGUUACUUAUUGUGUAUAAUACCAAACACUGGGGGAAUGAGUGUCGAAAAUGGCAUAUCUUCAAGAAAGCUACACAUUAAUAUUUUUUGUUACAACAGGGAAUGACAUGGUAAAAAUAAAUGAUGUAAGAGUCAAAGACACAUACCAAGUUACUUGGUACGAUGACUUCUUAAAACUGUUGUCGAAAUCCAAGAACAAAGGUGGCGGUUCCGAACACCUUAUAUUAAUUUUGAAAGUGGUUAGGUUGGAUUGAAUUGCAGUUCUUACGUUGACAUGAUCCUGAACUUGUGUGAAUAUCAUCUUGAACGGCUGUUAACAUGUCUGCUAGCUUUUCACUUGUUGGGAUGUUUUUUCACGGUUUAUGCAAAGUCCAACGCUGCUGGGUGUCUUUUUAUUUUGUAUUUACUUUUUACUUAACAUGCAUUGUAAUAUUACUGACCCAUUAAUAAAUAAUACGACCAAUAAUCAAAAUGCAAGACAAAUUCAAGUCAAGUGUGGAAAAGGGUAUUGGGAUCCUACUCUAAUAGUUUUAGCAUUACUAUUAUUAUGAGUGUUAUAAUUACUAUAUGCAAUACAUCGACUGAUUACCUGAGCUUCUUUCCAGUCAGUACAAAGGGGGCAACUAGUAACUAAUGCUACAGUUUUAUGUGCAUAAGCCGUAUGGUUUGGAGUACAACACAGCGAAGAACGAAGAGUGCGGAUCCAACCGAAUGCCUGCCAACCAUUACAGGGGCAGUCAUUGGUGGAUCACCGAUGCUCGCUAACCUUAAAACCAUAAAUAUAUUUUUCACACUCUGCUGCAAAAAUUCCUUGAGCUUAUGAUAGUGAGUAAGCUGUAGCUCUGCAGUGUUUUCACUUGGAAUGUUUCCUGCUGCGAAGGAAAAAGAACUGGCACGCAUCGGACCUGCAUGCACACUGAAGACAGUAGACUCCAAUUAUUGAUCUAUUUUACAGUGGCUAGAAACAUGUAAUAUUGCAAAGAACGUUUUACUUAAUUAUACCCUUUAUUGCAACUGUGAUAGACAACAACACUAAUUUCAAGUUUGACCUUUAUUCAAGUUUGACAACCUAACACAAUUACUUAUUGGUGUCAUUCUUCACAAAGAACUGCAUAGACCCCCCUCCCAUCCCAAGACAGGUUGUAAAGUCUGCUGUUACAAAGCAUGUCGUAAUUAACAAGCCAUAAGAUGCAUUAGUGUAUUGUUCUUUCAGGGAUUUGAUCUGUGAAUGACUGGAUGAUGAGAAACCGGCUCCUGCUUUGUAAUGCUCAUCUCCCACCAUUAAACCAUUUUCUUUUUUAA